AACUCUAUUCACCCCCUUCUAGAGUUGCACGUUUGUCUAACAAUUGGUAUCGAAGCAGGAAGUUCUUUGAAUAUUUCUUAUUUUUUUCAGGAACUAAAAGAUCAAUGGCAUCUAGAAUGUUCAACAUAGCAGUUAGCGAGGGUCAAUCAACCAUGAGGCCACCAUUGUUCGAUGGAACAAACUAUUCCUAUUGGAAGGAAAGGAUGAGAAUUUUCAUCCAAUACAAUGACUACAAGCUUUGGUUGAUCGUGAAGAAUGGGUGUGGCGUUCAUAUGAAAAAAGUCGGUAAUCUUAUUACCUAUGAAACCACCCAACUUUCCAAGGUGGUUGAAGAAAGGAGCAAGAGGACUAUUGCUCUUCCUGCAAUAACGUCAACCCACAACAACCUUGACGAUGAAGAUGAUGAUAGCGACGACACCGACCUCGGACUCUUCGUCCAAAAAUUCAGGAAAAUGAUGCUUAAUAAGGGAGCCAAGAAGAACACUCCACCCAAGUGCUAUAGUUGUGGUGAAAUUGGACACAUCAAACCAAUGUGUCCCAAGCUCAAGAACGAGAAGGACAAGAGGGCACCAAAGAAGCAACAUGCCUACAUUUCUUGUGAGAACGAUGGCUCCAGGAGUGAAGACUUGGAAGCGGAAGAGGUGGCUAACCUAUGCCUCAUGGCCAUUGAAGAUGGAGAAUCAUCAAAAGAGACAUUUGCCUCUGAAUAGUUAAGCAAUAUACUAGCUCUUAAUGG